UCAGUUCGGUGGAAUAAUGACUUCUAAUUGAUUUCCAUUCUGCCAUUUUUAUUUUGGCUUUGUUUUCUAAUGGAUGCCUAAAAAAUGUGCUCAGCGUAAACGCAUGUGUAUUUUUUAGAACGAUGAGUUGCAUGUUUUGUGAUAAAGGACUUGAUUUGGAUACAGCAAUACGUCUUUUGGAAAAUAUAGAUUUUUACCCUAUUAUAAAUCAGCCUCCUGUAAAACCUAAAGGUGGAGAAGUGUUUAUAUAUCUGCCAGAUACUGUCGAAGAACAAGAAAAUUACAAGUGUGAUCAAUACAGAUGGCUAAAUUCUGGUCCCAAAGAAAUUCCUCGCAAAAAUCCUCUUGUAAAAAAGCAGUAUUUUAUUGGCAAACUUCCACAUGGUAAAACCCAAGCUUUUCAGAAGCAUUGUUAUGUGCUGGUAAGUGAUCAUCGAAGUCCUUACCCAGUACUUUUACAUUAUAUUGGAGAUGAGUCUGUUAUGGUUGAUUACCCACAUGGAAAUUCUAAAAAGUCAAACUUAGCUUAUUUUGCUAUUGCUCCAUCUGUACGUAAAGAUAUUGCUUCCCGUAGCCAGACCUUACUUCCAACUGCUAUUAUUAAUGCUUAUAAAUCAAGUCCAUCUUCAUACAUCUUAAAUGAAAAUGGUGAAAGUGAUAUUAACCCAGUGCUUACUCCAAGAAAUAAAUCUCAGGUUAGAAAUAUUCGUCGCAAGCAAAAACUUUCUAGAGUCAAAGAUAGAAUUCCAAGGGAAGAUCUAGCUACAUUGCAUAGUGUUUUUUCUGAACUUUUAGGUUUUUGUGUUUAUAUUUCUACAUACCCUGAAUUGUUAUGUAUUGUUGGUUUAACUGAAAUUAAUACUGAAAUAGAAAAAUUAAUAAAAUUGAACAAUAACACUGUUGUGUGUUCGUUUCAAGAAUCCUACAAAAUUGGACAUUAUUAUUUGACCCCGUUUAGUUUUAUUCAUUGUGCAUUUGAAAGUUCUCCUUCAGUUCCUCUUUAUUUUUUGAUUACAGAAAUAUGUGACUUUACAUUAUAUGAAAAAUUUCUAGCUGUGAUUCUUGAGAGUGUACCUGCUCUUGAAGAAGCUCAAGCAGCAGUUAUUAUAAGCCAAGACUAUAUGCUUUCAUCUGCUGUCAAUUUAGUUUUUCCUAAUUGGGUACAAGUGUAUGAUUGGGAACACCUAUUUACAGCAGCUAGGGCAUUUUUACGCAAGCAAAAUGUUGAUAUAAAAGAGAUUAGUUUGCGUAUCAAUCAGUUAAAGACAUUAAUGAAUAUGGAGUCAGUUGAUGAUUACAAGAGUGAAUUGCUACGAUUGCAAGAGGGAUGGCCUGUUUCAUUUAAAGAUUACUAUACACAAGUGUUACUAGAAUCUAUCGAAAAAAAGUUGGGUAGAUGGCUUCUAGAAAGAUUUAAAUUAUAUUGCAAUCAUGUUGGUGUUUUGCGCGCUGACAACAGUGAUUUACAAUUAGUUGUUAAAAAUCUACAAGACUUAAAGGAGCCAUCUCUAGACAUUAUUCUUCCCUCUCUCUACCACCUGCAAACAUAUACUCAUGUCAAUAUUCAAAAAGGAUUUUGUAAUACAGGAUUAUACUCACUUCAUAGUUCUUUUAAAUUUUUGAGCCGUGGCUCUGAUGAACUGAUCUUGCCAAGUGUGGUGUAUGAACCAUCAUCUAUUGUAAAAAUAUUUCGUGUUCGAGGUAUCACUAUGUUUUCAGAAUGUCCUGAUACUGGAGAUGAAAGUUCCUGUCUCUUGCAGGCUCAGCGUAUUUUGGAAAUGGGACAUAUCUCACACUGCACAGAUUUAAAAGCAUUUUUAGUAAAAUCAACGUCAGGUAGUUUAAAUGGUGUGCAAUUAUUCCCUCGUGAAUCUUGCUCUUGUUCAAUAAACCAACGUUGUGCUCAUAUCAUGGCUGUAAUGUUAGCACUUGGAAUGCCUCUCACUUAUGAUAAAAAAGGUUCUAUAAAAGUAAUUAAACCUGAAAAUACUCUACAUGAGUCAGAUGAAGGAGAAAAGUCAGAUAUUGUAACGAUAACAGACACACCUGAUGUUUCAACUAAUCAAGAUGAUGUUGAAGAUAUGCCUGAAAUAAAAUCAUGUGUAGAUGUUGGCUACCCUACUUUAGGUAAUUGUUCAUAUCAGGAAAAUCCAGAUGAACAGCCUACAAUUCUAGAAGUUACUAGUGAAAUGCUACAGAAUGUUUUAAAUGCAUCAGAAGGUAAUGAAGUACUCAUGGUUGUUACCGACGAGAACAGUGAUAAGCCUAUGAUAGCUUAUCAAAUGACUCAAGAAGCAUUAUUAGCUUACACGCAACAUAUCCAUCAUGAAAGGAGAGAUUCUAUGAUUGAAAAUAGCGAUAAUCACUCGUGUCGGUUAUAAAGCUUUUAACGUAAACCUAACUUAAUUUCAGUUGUUCAAAUGAAAGUUUUAUUUCAUAUACUCAAUUCUCCUAGAUGUGUUGCUACGCAUUAAAAAAUUAAUUUAACGUUAAUGUACUUUUGUAUUAUAUUCUUUGCUUGUAUGCAUUUUCCUCAUCAUUGUCAAUAAAUUUUAUAUUUUGUCA